ACAUAGUCGGCAUAAGUAAAUAAGCGUGCGUCGCGCCCGCUGCUGAUGAUGAUUCGUCCCGUGCUGGUCGCGUUGGCGCUGGUGGCGGCGGUGGCGGCGGCAGCGACGCUGCCCGCCGAGCUGCCGCAUCCUGGGGAGCUGGUGUUCGUUCUGAACGAAGAUGACUGGGACGACUAUCUGGACGCGUGGCUAGCCAAUGAACAACUAAAGUCGGGGGCCAACGUUACCAGAAGCGACGGAGCUCCAAGUGGGUGUACCCUCCGAGUAAACGGCGACCUCGGGCAGCCGCAGCCGGUGUACCUGCGCGGGGGGAACUACCUGGCGGCCGACGGCAACUCGGGCCAGAUCCGGCUGAGCUCCGGCGAGCAGGUCACCAUCGCCUGCACCGGAUCCGGCCGCACCAUUCAGCAUCCCAACCUCGCCACCUCGGGACUCCAGACCGCUACUGCAAGAUGUACCAGCGGCAGCCAGGUGAGCGGUACCUGGUUGAGCGGGAACAGCGCGUUUGACGGCCUCACGUGCAGCGGCCAUGCCGUCCACGAGGCCAUCGGUACUAGCAGCAGAUGCUACAACAACAACCUGCUCAUCCAAGUCGGUUUCGUUGUGGACGGCUGGUUGUACCCACUGUACGUGUCUUGCUUCGACCAGAACCGGCUGGAGGUGCUGUACGUGGUGUACGAGCAGACUCCCGCUAACGCCGUGCACCAGACUGGCGUCGUGCGCCCGAGCUGGUUAGCCGGCAGCUGGUUCCCGGGCGUGACGGUGAACACGGCGUACACGCAGGUGCAGCAGAAGCUCGCCAUCGCCAACGCGGUGGGGCAGGCGCAGGCCGACAAGUACGUCACCUCCACGCAGUUCCUGGCGCGCGGCCACCUGGCCGCCAAGUCCGACUACGUGCUGGCCACCGGACAGCGCGCCACCUUCUGGUUCAUCAACGCCGCGCCGCAGUGGCAGCCCUUCAAUGUUGGCAACUGGAACUCGCUCGAACAGAACGCGCGUGCCCGCAUCGGCGCCGCCGGCUACCACACGGUCAUCUACACCGGCACGUUCGGCGUCACGCAGCUGCGCGACGGCAACAACGUGCUCCAAGACAUCUACCUACAUCGCGACGCCAACAACAACCCGCAGUUACCCGUGCCGCUAUACUACUACAAGGUGAUCUACGAUGAAUCUCGCCGCCUGGGCACCGCGUUCGUGAGCAUCAACAACCCGUGGUACACGGAGGCGGAGGCGCACGCGCUGACGUUCUGCACCGACCGCUGCCGCAACAACGCCGCCUUCAGCUGGCUCGGCUGGCAGCCCGACCGCGUCGACAUCGGCUACAGCUUCUGCUGCGACGUGAACGACUUCCGCCGGACCGUGCCGCAUCUGCCGGCGUUCACUGUUAACGGACUCUUGACAUGAGACACAAAAUUGACGUUAGAGUUACCAUUAGACUAAUAAGCUUAAUUACUUCGGACUACGAUAGAGUCGAGUGUCGAGCAUGUUCCGUGCAUACCCUUUUUAUACGCAAAGUCACAAAUACUCGCCACUGGAUUCGACAAAAUUUCAAACUGGCAAACAGGGGGAAGUUUAACGUGUACAACUGUGCAUAGUGUAAAUAUGUAAAUAAACGUUGACACAUAA